UACGUACAUAGAGGGGAGAAGGAAAAAGCAAAAGGACAUAAUCAAAUUAUCUCAUUGUCAUUGAUCGGAGGCAAAAGAGGCUCUCUCCUCUCUUCCUCCGAUCGUCAUCUGAUCAUCCUACAUUAUAUUUUUGGAUAAUUAAUGGCUUCGGUUAGCUUCAAAUACUGGGAUGAUUGUGUCGAUCCUCUUGAUCUGGAAGCUAUGUGGCUCGAUCCAGAAGUUAGAGCCGAAUGGCUUAACGCCGGAGAAACUAAGGGAUCAAAAGUCCACCUCUCACGUGAUCCUGAUGGUCAGCCUUAUCUAACACAAACAGAAAUGAAGGCAGUAGCAGCUAUUAUUGUCCGAAGGCAUUUUCUAUCGCAGAUUGAUUUGGAUAUGCUUUGCGCUAUUGCUGAGAUUGAAAGUGACCGCCAGCUUCUUGCAACACGGUACAAUAAAAAGUCAAAAGAGAUUACUAUGGGAAUUAUGCAGAUUUUGCCAAAAACUGCAGACUGGUUGGUGAGUGAUUUGGGUUACCGAACAUAUGAGGUGACAAUGGAUUCAAAACUUCUUUACAAGCCUUUUGUAAAUGUAUAUCUUGGAGCUGCAUAUCUUAAGUGGUUAUCAAAUUAUGAACAAAAAGAGAGAAGUGAAGAGUUCAUGGUGAGAGCUUACAAGGGUGGUACUAAGAAGGCAACUCACAAGUCCACUUUACCAUUUUGGAGAAGUUAUCUCUCCGUCAAAGAGACCCUACCAUCGAGGAAAAUCUUUGACGUCAAUCCUUUGCCGCCUACAGCAUCUGCAACUGGAGUUCCUGAAAAGAAAGGUCCAGUAAAUACAACUUGGGACUCUAGAACUUCCGCAGAAGACAUGGAAGAAAUGUGGAAUCAUCCCUGUGUGAGCAAGGAGUGGAGCAAGUCAGGGGAGAAAAGAGGCCAUGUACGGUUUUCUCAUGAUACUGAAAAAAGACCCUAUCUCUCUCGGGUAGAACUGAGGGCAGUUGCAGAAGUAAUUGUUUCAAAAUACUUUAGCACAAGAGGACUGAAACCUCACUUGGUAGGUAUAAAGAGGAAGGAUAUUUCCUUGUUAUUGCAGACUGUCCUGUGUGCUGUUGCUGAGAUUGUGACCAUGCGUUUUGUUGAGGGAAUUGGACAGCGUACUGGAUUAAUGGGAAUUGACUAUCCCACGGCACGCUGGCUUUACAAGGACCUGGGAUACAAGAGUUACAAAGUGGAGUCCGUUGAGGAUCUUACAAAGCCAUUUGUUUCCAUGUACUUUGGCGCAGCGUAUGUGGCUUGGCUAUCAGAGUACGAGGGAAGAGAAAGGAGUCUCCAGUUUCUUGUCCAGGCUUAUCUUGCUGGACCCCAGAACGUGAACCUGCAGGAGACUGGUCCUAUGUGGCUCAGAUUUGAGGAAGCACUGAGCCGUUAUGAAGAUCUAAAAAAGGAAGCAGCAGGUAGUUGUAUUAUCUUGUGAGCUCCAACGAACUAUCUAUAGUUGCGUAAAAAGUAAAAUUAAUAUCUGCAACAGCACCACCACUCCAAUGUACAAUAUUUCAUCCACUACUCAUUUGUAUUUAUUCCUACCUCUGUAAAAUAUGAUUUUUCAUUUACUAUUAUGCUGAGAAAAUUCGUAUACAGCUUUUGUUUGAAAUACCAAUCCAACUUUAUUA